GCCGGCGGUGGCCAGUGUGCUCGCAGCCGGGCCUGGGCAGCGGCGGCGGCGUCGGACCUCGCGCAGCGUCCGCGGGGUCCGGGGCGGGGGCUGCGGCGGCGAAGCCCCCUCCCCGGGGAGGCGGAGGCGGGGCCGGGCGAGCUCCCCGCGGGGAGCGGUGGCGACCGGGGAGGAUGCAUCAGAAGCUGCUGAAGAGCGCGCAUUACAUCGAGCUGGGCAGCUACCAGUACUGGCCGGUCCUGGUGCCCCGCGGCAUCCGCCUCUACACCUACGAGCAGAUCCCCGUGUCCCUCAAGGACAACCCGUACAUCACCGACGGCUACCGGGCCUACCUGCCCUCCAGGCUGUGUAUCAAAAGUUUGUUUAUUUUAUCUAAUGAGACAGUAAACAUUUGGAGUCAUUUGCUGGGUUUCUUUCUCUUCUUCACACUGGGAAUAUAUGACAUGACAUCUGUGUUACCUUCAGCAAGUGCAUCCAGAGAAGAUUUUGUAAUUUGUUCUAUUUGUCUUUUCUGCUUCCAGGUCUGUAUGCUUUGCUCUGUGGGCUAUCAUCUUUUUUCCUGCCAUCGAUCAGAAAAAACCUGUCGAAGAUGGAUGGCACUAGAUUAUGCAGGAAUUUCUAUUGGAAUACUGGGCUGCUAUGUCUCUGGAGUAUUUUAUGCAUUUUAUUGUAAUAAUUAUUGGCGGCAAGUGUACCUGAUCACAGUGCUUGCUAUGAUCCUGGCAGUGUUCUUUGCGCAGAUCCAUCCCAGUUACCUCACACAGCAGUGGCAGAGGCUGCGUUCCAUCAUCUUCUGUUCCGUUUCGGGAUAUGGCGUAAUUCCUACUCUUCACUGGGUUUGGCUCAAUGGAGGCAUAGGUGCUCCUAUUGUACAGGACUUUGCACCCCGUGUGGUUGUGAUGUACGUGAUCGCACUUCUUGCUUUCCUGUUCUACAUUUCCAAAGUUCCAGAGCGGUACUUUCCAGGACAACUAAACUACCUCGGAUCGAGCCACCAAAUCUGGCAUAUCCUGGCAGUAGUGAUGUUAUAUUGGUGGCACCAGUCAACAGUGUACGUCAUGCAGUACAGACAUAGCAAGCCUUGUCCCGACUAUGUCUCCCAUUUAUGAAUUCAGGUAUAGCUACCUGGUGUGUUCAGCUGUUAAGCAAUAUAUAAUAGGGAAUUGUAUACCCCAAUAUUUCUAAGAUUCCCCUUAGUUUUUCCUUUUCCUAUUUAAUAUAUCAUGAGUAAUAGCUUCUAAAAAUGGAAAAAUACAUCAGGAGCUGUAAUAGUCACUGCUUUACAAGCCCUUAAAACUAUUACUUUGCUGCUUGUACAGGAAGUGAAAAUUAAUUGGCAAUGAAUGUGAAACCAGUGUCAAAACAGUAUUCAUUUUACUUACCACCAGCUUAAUUCCUUAGGAAGGGCUCACCUCCGUUAUAAAACGGGGUCACCCUGUGUGAAUACUUUGAUAGACAAUAUUUACAGAUGACCAAGUGCCUAAUCAAGGCGAGGGUUGUGACAGCCUAUGCUUAACACAAGCUAGGACAGUGAUUGUGAAUCAUCACUAGCCUUUGAAUACAUGGUUUGUGAGAAACUGGCAUAUGCGACGUAUUUCCUUUAGCCGUGGGUUCUCUUCUCCAUAGGAACAUGGGAUUUUUUAGUUUGCUGGAACAAAAUUUUAAACCUCUUCUCCUUUAAGUUGAAAGAGUUGUUGAGAACUUGCAUUGUCAUUUCCCAUCAGGUAAAAAUGACAUUACAAACUGACUAUAUGAUCAGGUGACAAAUUCUGUGAUCUGAUAACCAACUAAUCAGCCAUUGAAGCUUUUUAAUUUCAAAUAUUAAGUUCAUAUAAUAAUUGAACUCUUGCCAGUGGAGUGCAGAUCCUUAGUUCCAAAAUUCCUGCAGGAGAAAAGCUUUCACCUCUGAAUUUGCAAUCCUAGACUCCCUGAUGAUUGGGGGAGGUGUAGGGGGGAGGUUUCCCAGCUAUAUGGGUGCUACUUUUAAGGCCAUAGAAUCUAGAUGGCCCGGUCUUGACCCUGAAAUGAACCUUAAGCCUUAGAACAAAGUCAUGCAGAUGCCCCAUUUGAUGGCAGAUUAUUCACCUGUGCUCUGGUCUUUCUCUGUUUAUGCAUGUGUUAACAUUGUAUUGAUAACUCAAAGUAUUGAUACAUACUAAUAUUUGGGCCUGAAAUAUUAAAUGGGCAUUUUAUUGUAUAUACUUAAAAAGAUCUCAAUGCCCUAUCAUACAGCAUAACACUCUUGUUCUUUGGUAUUUUUCAUAUGCAGAAGUUAAAUCCCUUAAAGCAUUCAUUCAUAAAAACAUGUGGUUAAUUGGAAUAUAAAAUAGUACCCAAGUUUCUUAAUGAGUUGACAUAAGCUACUUUAAAUAUUGGUAUAUCUUCAGAACCUUGGAAUUACUAAAUAUCAGAAGUGUUAAUUAAUGGUGAAGCUUAUUCCCAAAAUGCGAUUUGUAUAUCUGAUACUAGGAAUGUUAACUUUAAUGUGCCUCAGUUUAUGCAUCUAUAAAAUUUUGUAUUUUUUCAGUGUAGUGUUUUUGUAAUAUAAAUUCCCCAUACUAGUAUCUCAGCAAAAAGAGUUUUCCCCCCAUAGGCUAACGACACACUGUAUUUUGGUGGAACACUACUCUCUGAAGAUGGCAGUUUUAUUGCAUAAGGACACAUUUUUUUAAAAAAUAUAUUUUACUGAUUUUUUUAGAGAAAGGGAGAGGGAUAGAGAGAUAGAAACAUCGAUGAGAAACAUCCAUCAGCCACUUCCUGCAUGCCCCCUACUGGGGGAUCCAGUCCACAACCCGGAGUGUGCCCUGACCUGGAAUUGAACCAGCAAUCUCUUGGUUCAUAGGUCGACACUCAACCACUGAGCCACACCGGCGGGGCUCAUAAGGCCACAAAUUUGACCCAUGUGCUAAACAAUAAAAGAUUCUGGUAUAAUGAUAAUAGGAUACAUUUUCCCUAUAACAUCCCUUAUUAGCUUACAUGAUAUUAUUGCUUUUUUUAAAAAAAAGUUCCUAUUUAUUUCAGAGAGAGGUAACGAGAUGGGGAGAGGAAUAGAAACAUCAAUGAUGAGAGAGAAUCAUCAAUCAGCUGCCUUCUGCACCCCCACCCCCCCACUGGGGACUAAGCCUGCAUCCCAGGCAUAUACCCCGACCAUUGAACCUCAACCUCCUAGAUCAUAGUUCACCACUCAAUCAGUGAGUCACACCAGCAGCCAGUUGAUAUUAUUUCUUUUAAAUAGAUAUUUUGUCAUUUUGGCCAAACAAAAUACACUAUUUACAUUUAAAAAUGAAGAAGUCUACUUAUUUUAGGUCUGGGACCAUUUUUGUUAUAAAAUCUUCUCAAAAACAUAUUGAAACCUUAAGUUUUAUUUUAAUUUUUAAAAAUAUUCCUGAUUUUUUGUAAUAGUGUAUGAAUUAUUUAGUACUUGUCAUCUGAAUUAAUAAACACAAAGAGCAUAAUGUGUUUAAGACUGUUUUUCAAAUAUAAAAGGUCUGACUUUAAGAAAGAUUAUACCAUGUGAACAUUUCAUCUUUUCAUGAAAGUGUUAAAUAUUGUAAGAAAGCUGAUCUUUCUCAUUCUUAUCUUUACUAUGAUGUAUUUAUUGUAACACAGAAAUGAAUGAAUGUGGAUUGCUGUCAACUAUAAACACUUCUGUAUAUCAGCAUUUAUUGACCACCUACUGUGUGCACAUCACUACUGGCAAAAUUUUUAAGGCAUUGUUAACAUUAAAGAAUAACUAUUUAAAAAUUGCCUUCAAAUCUGAGCCUUGUAAUAAUGUAUAUUUAAGUUAUUUUUGUUUUACUGGAUUAAAAUUUUUAAUUUUACCUAUGUAAAAGCUCGCUACUGACGGACUUUACAUUUUAAAAUUAUCCAUGGCUGUUUUAAAUUGUCUAGUGGUUUAUAAGGUUGUAGUUAACUCAUUUAAGAGACAAUUAUCUUUCUGUAUAAGGCAUUUUUAAAUAGCAAGAUAGUGCUUUUCUUUGUUAUUCAUCUGAGUGCAAUUCAUAAGCUGCAUGGCAAAAUAUGUAUUAUGUAAAUAAACUGGUUUACUAUAUA